AUGUCUGCAAGCAAAGCUGCCCGGGUGGGCGAAGAAAUAUGGAAGACACGAAUCGACAAGGUCAACUCCGAGCUUGUCGUGCUCACCUACGGCACCAUCGUUGCACAGCUAUGCAAGGACUUUGACAGUGACUACGUGGAGGUCAACAAGCAGCUGGACAAGAUGGGCUACAACAUCGGGCUGCGGCUGAUCGAGGACUACCUGGCCAAGUCGAACACGAUGAAGCGCUGCGCAAACUUCCGGGAGACGGCCGAAAUGAUCUCCAAGGUCGGCUUCAAGAUCUUCCUCAACAUCACACCCACCAUAACGAACUGGACGAGCGACAGCAAGCAGUUCUCGCUGGUCUUCGAGGAGAACCCUCUCGCCGACUUUGUCGAGCUCCCCGACGACGGCCGCGCGCAGGAUGAGCUCUGGUACUCCAACAUCUUCUGCGGCGUGCUGAGGGGUGCGCUGGAGAUGGUGCAGAUGCAGGUAGAGGCGCACUUCAUCAGCGAUGUGUUGAGGGGAAACGAUACCACCGAGAUGCGGAUAAGCCUGAUCCGAUAUAUUGAUGAUGAGCUCCCGCCUGAGGAUGACUGA